UGAAAUUAUUUCAACAUAACCUCUGAAUUAGGUUACUUUUCACGUGGGGCAAAUAAACAUGUCCUUUUUCAUAAAAGGAAAGCAAUUAAACGGAACCAAACGAGCGAAAUACUCCAAUGAAAAGAACAAAAAGAAAAAAGUAUCGAAAAGUGCGCCGGGGGCAGCAUCAGCUAGAAACGAUGAAAUUACAAGCAGUGAAGAUGAAAAUUUUGAUAAUGAAGAGGAUGUAGAAUAUUCGUCUUCCGAAGACAUUCACGAAACAGCACAGGAAAAGAAAUUACGUCUGGCUAAGAUUUAUUUGAAAGAAAUCGAAGAGGAGGAAAGGUUAAGAUUGGAAAACAAAGAAAUUGACAGAGAUGUAAUUGCAGGUAAAUUGAAAACAGAUUACUUGAAAGAAACCGGAAAACUGAGACUGUCCGUGGCUGAUAAUUACAAAAAUGCCGAUUGUGAAAACAUAUCUUUUCUCAAAUGUCGAAUGCAAACCAACUGUAUAACAUGUAUGUGUUUAUCAUCCGAUGAUAAAUAUGUUUAUGCUGGUAGUAAGGAUGGUAAGGUAGUAAAAUAUUCCCUAAUUGACAAUAAAAAGGUGGGAAUUAUCCCAUUUGUUAAGUCUAAUACGGAUAAAUUCGUUGGGCAUUCUAGUAAAUUAAAUGCAAUUGCAAUUUCCACUGAUAACAAAUACUUAGCUACAGCAGAUGAAUCUGGAAGUGUUCACGUUUGGGAACCUGAAACGCUAGUACACGUGAAAAGUUUAAAUGGACAUAAAAAUGCUGUCAUGAGUUUGACUUUUAAGAAAGAUUCACACACAUUGUACUCUGGCAGCAAGGAUCGAACAAUCAAAGUGUGGAGUUUGGAUGAGAUGGCGUUUGUAGAAACACUUUUUGGACAUCAAGACGUGGUCACAGAUAUGGAUGCCUUGUACAGAGAUCAGUUGGUUUCCUCUGGAGGUAGAGACUUACGGGUAUGGAAAGUUACUGAAGAAACUCAGUUAAUUUUCAAUGGACACAAAGGAAAUAUUGACAAUGUAAAGCUGAUAAAUGAAGAACAUUUCAUUACCAGCGGAGAUGACGGACAGAUUUGUGUUUGGAGCACCAUGAGGAAAAAACCGUUGGCCUUUGUUAACGAAGCGCACGGAGUGAGUCCUAUGAAUUCAGAACCGAAUUGGAUUACCGCCCUUGCUUCCUAUCUGAACACAGACUUGGUAGCAAGUGGAUCGCAUGAUGGUUUCAUUAAAGUGUGGAAGCUUGACAAUAAUUUUAAAUUAUUCAAAUUAUUGUUUACAAUACCUCUGGUAGGUUUUAUAAACUCGAUAAAAUUCACUUCUGACGGAACGAAACUGCUUGUUGCUGUCGGUCGAGAAUAUAAGCUGGGAAGGUGGAUUACAGAAAAAACUGCGAAGAACGGUAUAUAUGUGAUACCAUUGUUAAAAAAUUGUUAAUUAAUUAUAUAUUAUUAUUAUUAAAAACAAAUUUUUGUAUUUAA